ACAGUCGAGCUAUCGUAUCGCCAAAAACAUGUCUUAUAAACCAGUAACACACGUGCUCUUUGAUAUGGACGGGUUGUUACUAGAUACAGAAAGAUUGUACACAGUCUCGUUCCAGGAAGUUUGUGACAGGUUUAAUAAGCAGUAUACUUGGGAAGUGAAGUCCUCUGUUAUGGGCAAAAAGGCUCUGGAUGCUGCCAGGAUUAUAAGAGACAAAAUUGGCCUUCCCAUGACCCCUGAAGAGCUCCUAGAAGAGACCAGAAAAAUUCAGGAGCGUUUGUUCCCCACAACUUCUCUGCUACCAGGUGUAGAAAAGCUUGUCAAUCACCUACACAAGCAUGGCAUCCCUAUUGCUGUUGGCACAAGCUCAGCAGGUCUGACCUUUGAGAUGAAGACCAGCCGUCAUAAAGAGUUCUUUAGCCUCUUCAGUCACAUUGUGCUUGGAGAUGAUCCGGACGUAAAAAAUGGCAAGCCACUCCCUGAUACUUUUUUGGUGUGUGCCAAAAGAUUCUCUCCCCCAGCCAACCCUAAACAGUGUUUGGUUUUUGAAGAUGCUCCAAACGGGGUGAAGGCGGGUCUAGCAGCUGGCAUGCAGGUGGUGAUGAUCCCUGAUGAUAACCUGGACCGCAGCCUCACCCAGGAAGCCACCUUACUGCUUAGAAGCAUGGAAGACUUCAGACCAGAACUCUUUGGUCUCCCAGCCUACGCGUAAGGACAGCAAUCACCACAGUGAUUUCAAUUCCACUUCGCUUUAUCCUGUCAAUUUUUGAAAAAUGGAAUCAGGCUGCAGUGUAGCUCCUGCAAUCAAAAACAGGAGAAACUAAUCUCUACUAUUACUUCUGUCAGCCAUGGAUUUGCUGUUCAGGGACACAACGGAAUGCUGAUUGUUUCAAUUAUUUAUUUUUUUUUUUUUUGGCCAAUCACAACACUGAAUCUCUUUCCUUCGACCGCCCGGAUGACACAAGACAAAUUUGAUUAUGCUGCUCAAUUAGCUUCAGUGAAACCAUUAGGAUUUAUUGACAUUUUGCGUUUUAGCUAAUUACUGUGUGACAUUUUUUAUCUAUAUACUUUUUUUUUCAGAUCUAGUGCAAGUGGCUCAAGCUGUAAUGUUUGCAUCACUUUAAAUAAAUUUCCAAUUCAGAGCUCACAA